GUUGUAGUUUUACGUCUGGUUUUUGUCCAUAUUAAUAAAUCCUUAAAAUUCCAGCUUCACCCACAAGAGUUCGGCACUAAAACCCACCUCCAUUAUCAUAUGAUUCUUCUUGUCCAAAUCUAGAAAGAGAGAGCAUCAAACCCUCAGUAAGGAAGAUAAAUCUAUAGCCGCUUUUGUUCUUGGAUCUCAGAUCGAAGUAGUUAAAAAUGUCAAUGCAUGCAAAAACAGAUUCGGAGGUCACCAGCCAGACAGCUUCGUCUCCGACGAGAUCACCACGGCGGCCGGUGUAUUUCGUUCAGAGUCCGUCGCGUGACUCACACGACGGGGAGAAGACCACCAACUCAUUCCACUCAACACCCGUUUUAAGUCCUAACGGGUCGCCGGGCCGCCACUCCCGGAACUCAUCCUCCACCCGGUUUUCCGGCUCGCUCCGACCUGGAUCGAGGAAAGUCAGCCAUCAACUACAGCCUCGGAAAGGCGAAAAGGGAUUUGAUGCAAUUGAAGAAGAAGGACUUGCUGAUGAUGAUCACCGGAGUGGAAUCCCUCGCCGGUGUUAUUUUCUGGCGUUUGUUGUUGGGUUUUUUGUUCUAUUCUCGUUCUUUUCACUCGUUCUAUGGGCUGCUGCCAAACCUCAGAAACCCAGUAUCACAAUGAGGAGCAUUUCGUUUGAUCAAUUUGUGGUCAAUGCUGGAGCUGAUGCAUCUGGAGUUGCUACAGAAAUGGUGACAAUAAAUACUACAAUCAAAUUCAAUUUCCACAAUCGGGGAACAUUCUUUGGAGUUCAUGUAUCAUCAACACCAGUCGAUCUCGCAUACACAGAGCUAACUCUAGCUUCAGGAUCUAUCAAGAAGUUUUAUCAAUCAAGAAAGGGACAAAGACUGGUGAGUGUGAAUUUACAGGGCCGAGGUGUGCCACUGUACGGCGGCGGUGUGAACUGGAGUAGCAUGGACGGCAAACUGACGGCGCCGGUGCCGUUGAACCUGAACUUCACGGUGAAAGCCAAGGCUUAUGUGCUCGGAAAAUUGGUGAAACCGAAGUUCCAUAGAAAGAUUUCUUGUGCUGUUGUUUACAAACCCACGAAGGUCAAUGUCCCAAUUUCUCUCAAGAACUCAUGCACGGUUGAGUGAACCCAAAAAUGUUGGAAAUGUACAAGUUAUUAAAGCACAAUCUUUAUAUUUGGGUAAAUUAGUAAAUUAUGGUUUUAUUUAAAGACUAUAAAUUAAAGUAGAGAGGAAAUGGGUUCGGGCAGAUCUGGAGAAUACGGGCAGCUGUUGACCGUGUCGGUGAUGGUGUUGGUGUCGGUGGUGAUCGGAAACUUUGAACUAAUCUGUAAUUGUUUAUUUUAUUUUUUGAUUUUUAAUAUUAUUUUUUAUAAUUCUUUAAUGGAAUAUAUAUGACUUUAAUGUUCCACGACUUUAUGAUUGUGU